UUAUUUCUAUCAAUUUUUUUCUGUUUCCAACUCAAUUUCACAUUCUCCAUACAAAGUAACUACAUUACUAUUUAAUUUGGUUCAUCUUAACUUCUGGGGCUUUCAAAAGCUUCCAACUUUUUUGGAAAAUCUUUCCUACUCAAAUUUUGGACUAGUGCCCAUUUUUCUUUUGUGAAAGUUGGUAUUUGGGUUACACUGAUUUGAACAUCUGGUUACUUACACCUCAGUUUGGUUCAUUUUUUCUUAACGGGGAUUAAUAUCAAAGGGGUGUUGGUGGGGGAAGGGUGUGAUAGCUUCAUAAGAGACCUCAAAUUUCUUUUUAAGACCAUGAUUCUGGCACACAACGGGUGCCUUCUGUUGAAUUCUCGCCUUAUUCUUCACAAAGAAUAUAUCAUAGACAAAAGUUUCUACUUUUGGAUCUUUCAGAUUUUUAAUAGCUAUAGUCUUGGUACCUAACAGGAAAAUUCUAUAUCCUUCACCAACAUUCUUGAAAAUACUAUCUUUUUUGUUGUGUUAAAUUGAGACCGGAAGAGACUAGAAAACUGCAUAUACCUUUGGUUCCUUGUUUCUCAAUUAUACACUUUCCAUUCUGUAAGUGAGAAUGGGAGGGGCAUCACUGCCUCCGGGUUUUCGUUUCCACCCUACUGAUGAAGAACUGAUAGGAUACUACCUGAAAAGAAAAGUUGAGGAGCUUGAAAUUGAACUUGAAGUUAUCCCUGUGAUUGAUUUGUACAAGUUUGAUCCUUGGGAGUUGCCGGAGAAGUCAUUCUUACCAAAAAGAGACUUGGAAUGGUUCUUCUUUUGUCCAAGGGAUCGAAAGUAUCCGAAUGGAUCAAGAACAAACAGAGCUACCAAAGCAGGAUACUGGAAAGCCACUGGAAAAGACAAAAAGGUUGUGUGCCAAUCUAGUCCAUCAACAUCAAUCAUGAAAGCCACCGGAUAUCGCAAGACCCUUGUUUUCUAUCGCGGAAGAGCCCCUUUAGGCGACCGAACGGAUUGGGUUAUGCACGAAUAUCGCCUCUGUGAUGAUCUUGGCCAAGACUCACCAAGUUUUCAGGGAGCUUAUGCUUUGUGCCGGGUUAUUAAGAAGAAUGACAAGGCCAGUGAUUACAAGGGUAAAAGAGGUGUCAGCAGUUCCAAGAAUGAGAAUGAGAAUGAGAAUGAGAGCUCAAUGAGAUUGUCAUCCUCUAAGGAGCACUUGAGCAUCUCUGCUGAUAUUUCUUCUCAAGCAAGUCAGCUAUGCAGCGAGAGUCGUUAUUCGAGCCCUAUAGCUUCUCCUUGUGCAUACAAUGUGGCUGCAACGGCCGUGUUUGAGCCACCUUCUGUGGACACUAAUCCUUCAACCUUCUUGGUCUCCCCUGAUAUGAUUCUUGAUUCUUCAAAGGACUUUGCUCAAACACAAGAUGUUAUUUCAGGAUUCUUUCCGCAUCAUGGUUUGCCAAGUACAAUGACACCAUGGCAAUCAUUGGAACAUACAGAAAUUUCAUCCAGUUCAUCCUACUCAAAUUUCAAUGGGGAGAUAGAAUUCUCUGAUGAACUAGGCCUAAUUGGCCGAAUGUCGCGUUACUCAGGACAAGUAGACAUGUUAGACUUCUAUGGAAAUGAGGAAGUGCUGUAUGAAUAUGAAGGAUAUGACCAGAUCAAUUCAAUCAGAGAUCCAAGACAAUUCUGAAGUGAAAAGGAAAAUUUCUCCUUUUCUUGCAAUGCUAAGCAUAUAUGGGAAUGGAAAGUAAGGGAGAUCUUGAUGAUGGAGGGAUCUCUGAGGCAACGCCUUUUAAUGUGUGUCUUGGAGUGAAAAAUAAUGAGUACAAGCUCCUUCUUCUGCACAAAUGCUCUUAGCUAUGUUUAUCAUUUUAUGCAGUUGUGUAAGAUGCUCGGGUGACAUCACAUUUUUUAAAUUGCACUCGGUGUUUGGUCUUAAAUUCAUUCACCUUAUGUAAUGAAGGAGAAUUUCUUAUGUUUCUUAUUAUUCACCUUUCUUUACAUACUAACUUAGUAACUUACAUGAAUUGAAAUGCAUGCUUAAGCAUUUGCUUUUCCUCCAAUGUUUGCCGAAUUUGUUAAACACAGCAAAUAACUAUGGGAUAUGAGGCAUGAAUCAUUCUUUUUAUAUUAAAUCUUCAUUAAGGUAAGUUAGAGUUGAACUGUAUUCUCCACCCUAUUCCAA